AUGAUGCUGGCUCCAUCUACUCCUUCCACAAGAGCAAAGAUCGGCGCCAUGAUUGCACCACUGGCGCUUCAUCUCAUAGCAGCCACAACACUAGCCGCGCCCCCGGUAGCCUUGCCUGGCUGCCGCGAAGCUUGCGGCAACGUGACCGUCCCGUACCCAUUCGGCAUCGGGCAGGGUUGCUUCCGCGAGGGCUUCAACCUCACCUGCGACGACACGACCCAGCCGCCGAGGCUGUUCGCCGGCGAUAACGACGCUGCAUGGGUGCAAGUGGUCGCCGUCUCUCUGGAUGGCACCCUGCGGAUCAACACCAGGAUGGUCAACUUCUCGCUGAGCGAGAACCCCGAGAAGUUCAACCGCACGUGGUCCGCCGGCGGCCUGAGAGCCGCCGGCCGCCUGACAGUGUCCGCGAAGCGCAACCGGUUCGUGGCCUUGGGAUGCAACCUCGUGGCCAGCCUCGUCGACGACGCGGGCCGCUUCGUCAGCGUGUGCGCCGCGUACUGCUCGGAGGCGCACGGCCCUGGGCGGGUGAGCGACGCCUCGUGCUCCGGCGUCGGCUGCUGCCAGACGCCCGUCCCGCGGCCGGGAUUCUCGUCCUACGGCAUCCAGAUCAAUGAUCUGGCCCAGAUCAGAGUGAGACCCAACGAUUCCUCCAGGUAUGGAGCGGUGUUCAUUGCCGAUCGGGACUGGUUCGGCGAGAAGGGGCUCGUGCUGCAGCUGGAUUACUCGGCGGAGCCACAGAGGAUCGCCGAUUCGACGGUGGUUCCGACCGUGUUGGAAUGGUCGCUGGAUAUGAAACGUGACAAGGACAUGUUCCGGCUGCCGGAUGGCUUGCCGACUGAUCCCGGGAGAUGCAUAAGCGCGAACAGCAUCGUGGUCUACAACGACGAUGAAAACCAGCGGCCGCGGUGCAACUGCUCGAAAGGAUACGAGGGCAAUCCAUACAUCGCCGAUGGAUGCCAAGAUAUCGAUGAGUGCCUACAACCAGAUGUUUAUCCCUGCAAUGGGACCUGCACCAAUAUGCCAGGGACAUACCGAUGCUCAGCAAAGAAAAGAAUCAUCAGCUUACCAGGUCUAAUUGCCAUAAUAGCAAUUGGUGCUUGUUUUGGCCUACUGUUUUCCCUCCUAGGUGUUGCCCAAAUCAUAAAAAAACUCAAGAAACAAAGGGCCAAGAAGUUGAGACAAAAAUUCUUUAAGAAAAACCAUGGACUGCUUCUGCAACAGUUAAUCUCUUCGAACAAAGAUAUAGCCGAAAAGAUGAAGAUUUUCAGCUUAGAAGAGCUAGAGCAAGCAACCAACAAAUUUGACCAUAAUCGGAUCCUUGGCGGUGGUGGGCAUGGCGUGGUGUAUAAAGGCAUCUUAUCUGAUCAACAUGUCGUGGCCAUCAAGAAGGCCAAGAUUGUCGUGCAGAGGGAAAUCGACCAGUUUAUAAAUGAGGUUGUCAUACUUUCACAGACAAACCAUAGGAAUGUGGUGAAGCUCUUUGGUUGCUGCCUCGAGACAGAAGUUCCUAUACUAGUUUAUGAGUUCAUAUCGAACGGAACUCUCUCGUGUCAUCUCCAUGACCAAAGUGAGAACCAUUUUUCAUGGAAAGAUCGACUGAGGAUUGCAUUGGAAACUGCAAGGGCGAUUACUUAUCUACACUCUGCUGCUUCCAUAUCAGUAUACCAUAGAGAUAUCAAAUGUGCCAAUAUACUACUUACUGAUACUUUAACAGCAAAAGUAUCUGAUUUUGGAGCAUCAAGGUCAAUUUCAAUAGACGAGACAGGAAUACUUACAGUUGUCCAAGGAACCUAUGGUUACCUUGAUCCCGAAUACUACUACACUAGUCGACUGACGGAGAAGAGUGAUGUUUACAGCUUUGGUGUCAUCCUAGCAGAGCUGCUGACAAGGGUGACACCAGUUUUUUCUUCUCAUUCAUCAAAAGGCACAAGCCUAGCAUCACAUUUUGUAUCACUAAUGAGCGACAAUCGCCUGUCAGACAUUCUUGAUGCACAAAUUGUUAAUGAAGGAGGAGUUGAAGAUGCUGAGGUGGUUGCAAGACUUGCAAAAGCAUGCUUAAGCUUAAAAGGGGAAGAACGACCUACAAUGAGGCAAGUGGAAACAACACUGGAAGAUGUGCAUAACUCAAAGGUCAAGCUCAGUUCUCCGAUUACAAGAGUGAACCAAAGUUCUUUGAAAGACCAGCCAUGGAUGGGGAACAAAGGCGGCGAAGGAACUAGGUUAUACAGCUUGGAAAAAGAGUUCAUCCAAUCAUCCGAAAUUCCAAGAUGACUUUACUUGCAUGGCAAAAUGUUGAGUUAUUAUAUUAGUUCUGGUGCCACAAGCCCACAAUACAUAAUGUAUGUUAGGAACUCUGGGUUAUAACCACAUGUGUAUUUCCUAUGCUAGUGGGUGAUGUAGAACCAAAUAUGUGAAAGUAAAUAAAAUGAAUUCAGAUAAUGACAUAUAGUUUGUCGCGCUGAAUAUUACUAGAAGUUUGCGAGAAAAAUAUGU